CUUCCUCCUCGAGGUAUUCACCCCUGGAGAAGAGCUGACUUUGUAUGGCUCUGUAAUAGAUGUCUUUAAAAUGGUUUAAAAACCCCAGGCUUCAAUAGUAAGAUGAAAUGUCUAGAUUGUUCCUUCUCACCAAUGUCAGUGAUUUGGGACCUUGAAACAGUUUGUGAUGCACACUUUUUAGUCUAAGCAGGGAAACAGGCCUACAAAUCUCUUAUCUGUAAAGAGCAAUUCCUAAAUAAGAGCUUUAAGGGGGGAUGUUUUGGUGUUAAUAUAAACGGGAGGCAGGAGGGCUGCUGAGCACAAGUCAGCAAAAAGCACCCGGGGCUUCCCACGGAAAGGGGAAGCGCUGCUGCUGGAAGACUUUGGAGAUAAGUGGCUCAGUGCUUUCUCCUGAUGGCAGCAGAUGGGCGAGUUGGGGCUUUUGGAAGUGAAUAAAUCCUCCUAUGGGGCCACUUUAUCAUAGUGUCAUUCCCUCCCUGAGUCUCUCCUCUGUUCCCUGAUCUCAUUUGCACAAAAGAGAGAACAGGCUCUGGCCUCUGAGCUCCUAUAUUAUGCUACAAUCAAACCUUUUAAAGACUAUUUGUGUGUUGUUUUCCAUUCAAGAUGGGGUCAGAGCACACGUAUUCAGCAGGUUUUUUUCUUAGAUGGGUAAGACAAUAGUUUUACAGAGCUUUGAGGAUCACUGGCACUAAUGCUCGUACAAGAUCUUGGUUUAAUGCAUUUUUAAAUGUUUUUAGAACUGUUGGAGUGAACCGUGCACAGCGCCAGUUUGAGACAGGCUUCAGCCUAAAGUUGUGUAAGAAGUCACACCGCAGGUGCAUGCGAGGAAGAACACGGGAUCUUAGAAAAGUGGAAGUCAGGACUGAAAUUCUGUUUCUGUCUUUUGAUAACAGAAGUAAAGAUAUAAAAUAUCUGGUGAAUGAAAAGUAGAGUGGGUGCGUGUGGGUCCAAAUAAGAUUGAAGGAGUCUGGUGUUACACACUUCAGGGUUAAAACUCCAAUUUCAGGGUAUCUUCCUCUUAAGGAAAAGCCCCAACUGCAGAAAUGCACCGGGCAAACUGCGCUUCUCUUUCCUUGGGCAUCUGUAGGCAAUGUGAGACCACGCUGCUCGCCACACGGUAACAGAUGGCCAGAGAGUCCUGGUGACCGCGGGUGCUGCUGCGCUGAUGGGGAACAAUGCCGUGUGCAUCCCAGCAUGUGCCACCCAGCAGCGCUGAGGGCCAUUGUCCCCAUCCCACUGCGAAAUCCCGAUUCCACGCUUAAGAACUGCAGAAAAGAGCCUGGCUCUCUCAGACCUGCAAAAGAGCAGCUCCCCAUGUUGUUCGUUGGAAAUAUGGAAAGGGCAAUGCAUAUAGAAAUCUAAUUAUUGGCAGGCACAGCCUGGCUUUUAGCAUGAUAAUUGCGGGCCGUUGUGCUUUCUGGUGCACGGACCCCUGAAAGGUAGUCAUGAAAGCAGAAGUUAAAACUAUUGAAUUUCCAUCAGUCAUUCAGGGUUUGCUUUGAUUAUGUUGACGCGAUUUUUGUGUGUUCCUGAGCUGCAAUGAGAAGCUGUUAUUAAUCACUUUUAGAUGUUUUAAGGAGCAGGGGCGGGGGGGCUGCCUGGCCCGGGUGAUGCGGGAAGCGGUAAGAAAGCAGCGAUGCGAUGGGGAAGCAUCCUCCCCGCUGUACCCCCCCCACCCCGUGCGGGGUCUGCGCCUCCCUCUGCCGCCGCCGGGGUCCCCGCCCGCCCGGCUGGUGCUCGCGGAGCGACCCGGGGGCGGGGGGGCGGCGGGGUCCCGGCACCCCCCGCCUCCCGCCCGCCCUUAUAGCCCGGCCCGGCGCGGCGGCGGCUCUCGGCGGGCCCGGCAUGGCGGCGGCGCGGGGCUGGCCCUGGCCCUGCCUCCGGGCCCUGCUGCGGCUGCUGCUGCUGGCGGGCGGCGGGCAGCGGCCGGGAGCCGCCGACCGCUGCAGCUGGAGGGGCAGUGGUUUGAGCUGGGAGCCCCGUUCCCGUGCGGUGGAGCAGGUCCAUCUGCGCUGCACCGAGGGUUCCCUGGAAUGGAUGUACCCAGCACGAGCUCUGCGUGUCAUUUUGGAGCCCAACCUCUCCAGUGACCAGCACACCACUGUCUGCAUCAAGCCCGCCAGUGACUUCCAGGGUGCCAGCAUCUACGUGGAGCAUGCUGGGCAGCUGCACCUGGUGGUAAGCGAGGCAGAAGGGGCUCGACCCCACCAUGUGUCUUGCUUCAGUGCCCACACACCGCAACGAGUGGCCCUCUUCCUGCAGGCCAGCCCACAGAGGGACAUCAGCCGCCGGACAGCCAGCUUCCAGUAUGAGCUGCUGAGCAACCAGAGCGCUGCUGGCCCCGACUUCAAAAAGAUGGCCCUGGUGGAAGCUAUGUGCCGUCCUUGUGACAACGUGGAACUUCUUUUGGCCAUUUGCAGCAGUGAUUUUGUGGUGAAAGGAUCUAUCCGAAACGUUUCCCACGAUUCAGAGAACCACAUGUCACAGGUUGAUGUCAGUGUCCAGAAAGUCUACAGACAGAAAAACAGAAUUUUCCAGCAGGAUGAAGCAAGUGGUGAACGGCGAGGCCCUAUCCGAACCCUGCUACAGUGCAAGGUGAAGAAGGGAGGUGGAGUUUUCCUUUUCACUGGAAAGGAACACUUUGGCGAAGCUUGGUUGGGCUGUGCUCCUCGCUUUAAAGAUUUCCUGUUCAUUUACCGGGCUGCCAGAGAAAGAGGAGCGAACCCAUGUGAGUUUCAGCUCGACUGACAGCACUGACACUGGAGUUGAGAGUUGAAAAAUUUCAGCCCGGUUUUUGGAUACUGGGUCUGAAGCAGAGUUAAACCCAAGGACUAAAGCUAACAAUUUCACCAAAACUGGGGCCUGGAGAAUUUCCUGAAGAUAAUGGCUCUGUGAGCCCGGUGAACUCUGCCUUUUAAUCCACAUUUGCAUUAGUUUCUCCUUCACAUCUUUGCCUCACAAAAUAACUCUGAAUUUUGAAAUGUGUCUUUUUUGUGGAUAGAAAGCAGCUUGUGCUCAGUAUUACAAAAUUCUCUCUAACAUCUUCUCUUCUGUAUGCAUACUAUGUGCUUUUUCUCUAGAUUUUUUUCUCUCCUCCCCCAUCUCUACUUGAUUUCCCUUCCAAAUGGCUUCUUUCAUUUUUAUUUUUUUUUUAACAGGAUAAUUUCUGACCAUCUCACCACUUCAUCACUUCCAAGUUUCCAAGAUGAAUGCUAACUAUAGUCUUAGCCAUAGUUACUAAACCUUCAGGCAAUUGGCAGCUUUGCCAGGUUUUUUGUCUUCUGUUUGUUAGCGGGGAGAUUAACUAACCCUCCAGGGCAAAAUCACAGCUGAGGUAAUUCUGCAGCGCUCUGUUGACUGAUUUUGCUCCCCGUGCAAACAGGUCAAUGAAGGAUACUGCACUUUAGCUAAUGUGAACGCUGGCACUCUGUCCUACCGGAGGAGAGAAGGUGUUUGGGAAAUGCAUUGAAAUAAUCAGAAGUUUUGGUUGUAGCAUUGCCUGCAUGAGAAUGUAAUAUUUGGUAUUCUUAGCACUGGGUCUGCAAUUGGCUCUCGUUUGUGUUUAGAGAACGGACCCACGUGAACUGGCCCUUGUAUUGGAGGAUGUACAGGGAUAUCCGAGUACUUGGGUUUUGAGAGCUGGAGAUCAGUGCUACAUGUGAGAUUUUAAAUGGAGUACUCUCCUGUGGGUGGUAUUUGCACUGUAAAUUGGAGAUAAAGUGUGUUAUUUUAGUA